AUGGUAUGGAUCAAUUUAUGCCUCUACGCGGCUUAUGUCCAGGUACUUCUUACGGCCAAAGAAAGUGCAACACUUGUCACUGCUGUGGGAGACAGACUUACUAACUCUACUGGCGUUUAUGCUGGCUCUACCAAGGAGCCCGAUCUGGAAAUUAUGCCUAUUGGCAGGCAAAUCCCACUCAUUGUGCUCGAGGCAGGCUGCAAGUCUUCCAUUCAGGGAAACGUUCAGCGGACUCAAUUCGAGCGAAUAUUUUCUACACCUGCUGCGGCGUCAAGCCAGCAGCUUCUUGUACCCAAGCACUAG